AUGGAAGGAAGACGUAUGAGGAUGUCCGGAGGAACAUCCGUGAAAGAUGAACUCAAGUUCGUUGUCGAGGCUCGACCUGUCAUUUUGGACAGCGUCCAGCUGUAUGAGAGUGAAGGAGAUCUGGACUUAGUGAAUGUGUUCGAAUGCGUGGCGCCGGACUUCUGGAGCGUGUACACGGGCACGGCCAACUUCCUCUUCACAAAGCCGUUUUCCCGUCUGGAUGAAGCCACGGUGAACACGGUGCCGGUCACGGUCUCGUGUGAGGCCGUGGUGGCAGACAUCCACAAGGUGGAGUGCAACUUGGUCCAUAACUGCACGCGCACGGAUGCGAAGUCGGAGAUCGAGUGUCUGGGAAAUGAGCUGGAAGCCCUGGAUGGACUGGUAGCUCUGGAUGAGCUGUGUGCUCAGCGUGAGCUGAUUGGUCUGGGUGUGCUGUAUGGGUCAAGAACCGUGGGAUACCCGAGUUCGAACCGCACGGCGUGUGCGAACAACUCCGAACGUCGGUCAAAGCUGAAUGCUGCGGCAUUGGAGCAGUCACUGAUGCCACGAACGAUGCUCAUUGCGACAGAGAAUAACGGAAGCGCGCAGCAACACGCCGGAUUGGAGACAAAGGAGCACCAGUGUGAAGAACUUGGCUACGUGGUAGCGAUCAUCGGUGCUCUGGACUUGGUGAGGGCUCUCCUGAAGCACGGAUCCCUGUGA